CGCGGAAAAAAUGCUAGCGCGGGCCAGCUACCAACCUACCGCAGCAUCUUUUACAAAGCUGGUAACACAGAAGCUGGUCACCGGUGUAUAAAAACCUUUUGAACGCGUUCUUGUCUCUCACCAGAAGAAAAUUUUACUUUAAAAUGGCAUACAUUUCCGAUAGAAAAGAAGAGGAGGGUAAUUUGUACUUCUUACUCUGUGAAACUGAAGAAACAGAAGGCGUUCGUAAAGAAGCAGAGGAAAUGUUGAAAGUAUACCCUGAAAUAGUAGAGUCAUAUGAAAAAUUGAAUAAAUCAAUAAAAACGUUUUCCACAAAUUCAAAGAUAAUGCCAAAUACUUAUCAAUCAUUGAUCGAAAAUUGUCUCGACGAAGAACACUAUACCGCAGCGCUUGAUCUUUUGGAUUCUUUUCAAAAUGAACAAUUUUAUCCUCCAAAACUUCAUAUAAGAAAAAUGAUGGAGAUCAUUGUUAACCCAAAAGUUGAUAAAGACAUUAAUUUUAAAUCUUAUAAAAUUUUACAACAUGUGUUAUAUACAACCGGAUCAAUUGCAUUUGAAAAUAUUUGGAAUUUCGAAAAUCAUUCAGAUCCUGAAGAAGUAUGGCCAGUAGGUUAUGAUAGCUUUUGGGCGUUUAUCAAAGAUAAAUUUAAUUCUUUAACGCAAAAUAUUGAUGACAACGACCAGUCUACCCGAAUUUUACUAUUCCUUGAACAAAUCGUAAACGUAUUUGAGAUUGAUAUGCGAAUUAAACAAAGAAAGUUUUUUUCUUCCAUACUAUUACGACUAGUUACAAGAUCACGUACGAACCUUAGAAUUGUUAUUGAUUCUCUAAUAACAUCGGUAUUUUCCAAAGAAAUACCGAUGGAAGCAAUUCGUCUGUCACAAAGAUUAUUAGAUCAGAUUAUUAUUCUUUCAUAUGCAGGUCAUAUUUGUCGUGAUUCAUUGAAAAAUGAAAUGUAUCUACAAAUAAAUCUACUCGAACCGUCUCGAAUGAUAUCAUUUCUACAAACUUUAUUGUCUAAUACUUUUAAAUAUCAGCUUAUUGAAAAAGCACUUCUUGAUAGCGACCUUAGUAAUAUAAAAAAAGAAAAAAAACUAAUUUUAUCGUCGUUAAGUUUAGUGAAAAUAACAAAAAUAUUUUUAUACAGUAUACCGUACACCAGAAAUUUAACGGAACCAGUUGCAAUAUGGCGUCAUAUAUUUUUUUUAAGUUCAAUAUUACAAAGUUAUGUAAAUGCAAAGACAUUAAGACAAGAAAAACAGGGAAAGGUGGUUAUCGUUCAUGGAUUAGAUGAUGAAGAGAUGGAUGUGGUUGCUGAUGACUUAAUUAGUAAAAGACUUAAAGAAUUGAAAAAAUGGUUGAAACAAAAAGAUAUGGGAGAUCUUAAAGACCGGUCAGAAUUACUCUUAGAAAUGAUGGAUGCUGAUGCAAAACAAAUUAAAAUUUUCGUAGAUGAAGAGUAA